AUUUAAUCUCCUCAUCCCAAUUCACACCCACCGAAGUAUACCGUAUAUUCAGAAGAGGAAUAUAACAAUGGCUUCAAGAGCCACAAAAUCUUUAGCCCUUUUCUUGAUUCUCAACUUCCUCUUCUUCACAACAAUCUCUGCCUGCGGUAAGUGCGGUUGCCCUUCUCCCAAGCCAAAACCUAACCCUAAACCGAAGCCAACCCCAAAACCUAGCCCUAGCCCGGCCACAGCCAAAUGCCCUAAAGACGCUCUUAAGCUAGGAGUUUGCGCCAACGUGCUCAACGGCCUACUCAAUAUCACCCUUGGGAAGCCACCGGUCGAGCCAUGUUGCACCCUCAUCAAAGGACUCGCUGAUCUUGAGGCUGCAGCUUGCCUUUGCACCGCACUCAAGGCUAAUAUCCUCGGGAUCAACCUAAACAUUCCGGUCUCUCUCAGUCUGCUUCUAAAUGUUUGUAGCAAAAAAGUUCCCCCUGGUUUCCAAUGCUAAUCAAGAACCUAAUUGAUUAUACAACACACACUUCAUAUGUAUCAAUAUCUAAUAUCUUCUUGUUUGGAGGCAAACAAGAUGAUUUCAAGCUAUUAAAAGUAUUCUAUAUGAUUGUCUUUGUGUCCUCUUCUAGUUACUUAUGUAUGUGUGUUUGAUUGCCACGAUUCUAAAAUUUCAGUCGUAUGUGUUGUCCUCUUACAUAUAUAGUUUUAUUGGGGGUGUGUAUUUGUUGUUGAAUAAAUCAAUAAAAUAACAGUUUAUAUGA